AAGUGACUCGUCGUUGUUUAAAGCAACAUGGUGUCGCUCUAUGAGCAAUGUGAUUGUAAACAAGCUAACAUCUGUAGCAGUAGAAGGGGUUUAUUAGCCGGAACACAGUAGCUGCUGAUAUUAUUAUUUUAUUAUUUGAGAGCUAGAUGGCUCUUAGAGUGUGUGGAGUUUUUAUCCGGGACGUCUCCGUCCUUUCCAGACGACUCGUGCUGUCUGCUCGGCAGGAAAGUGCGUCAUGUCUUCUCACCGCAGGAAAUGCUGCCUGCAGCCGAAGCAAGAGGGGCGGAUUCACCUUCACUCCUGCUUGUUUUAUUACAUCCGAAGCAUUUCUCAGCAGACUGAUGAAAGGAAAAGCAGCUGAAGCAGACGGCAGCACUCAUCACCCUCCAGCAUCGGUUCCUCCACACAGCAAUGAACAGAUAGGUUUAUUACUGAGACAUCCAGACCAGCCUCCUGACUCAAAGGUGUUAAAAGUGGUCAUAAUCGGUGCUCCGAAUGCUGGGAAGUCCACGUUGUCCAACCAGCUGCUCGGCACAAAGGUGUUUGCUGUGUCCAAGAAAGUUCACACCACUCGGUGCCGCAGCCUGGGCGUCCUGACGGAGAACGACACACAGAUUAUUUUGCUCGACACCCCUGGUCUCACCACUCACUCAAAGGUCAAAAGACACCAUCUGGAUAAAUCUUUGCUUGUGGAUCCCUGGCUCUCUGUAAAAGAAGCCGACCUGAUGGUGGUCAUGGUGGACGUGUCUGACAGAUGGAUGCGCAGCAGGCUCGACUAUGAGGUGCUGAAAUGCCUUGCCCAGCACCCGCAUAUCCCAGCGGUCCUAGUCCUGAACAAGGUGGAUCUAAUGAAGUCCAAGGACAGGCUGCUGGAUGUCACAGCACAGCUGACAGGUGGGGUGGUGAACGGUCGCAGGAUACAGGUCAGGCCAGUGAUCAAGCCCCCGUGGGCUGAGAAGAUACCCAAGAGUGAUUCAGAGCUACCUCCUGACGGGGACACUUUGGUGCACGGGGACAGUGAGACGUCAGACUCUGCACUGAGCAAAAAGCAGCUGAAAGAGCUGAGCAGUCAGCAGGGUUGGCCUCACUUUAAGGAUGUCUUCAUGCUGUCGUCUGUGGACAGAGAGGACGUGGAGACGCUCAAGACCUAUUUUAUUGUUAAUGCUAAGCCGGGGUCGUGGCUGUAUCACAGCGAGGUCCUGACGGACCAGAGUCCAGAGGAGAUCUGCACCAGCAUCAUCAGAGAGAAGCUCUUGGAGUAUCUGCCUCAGGAGGUGCCUUAUUCCAUGACACAGUCCGUUGAACUCUGGCAAGAUGGAGAAAAUGGGCAGCUUGAUAUUUCUGUGAAACUCUACGCCAUCAAAGAGUCCCACAUGAGUAUGGUGAUCGGCACAGCUGGCCAGACGGUGUCGCGGAUCGCCCAAGAGGCGAGCGAGGACCUGAGCCGAGUGUACCUGAGGGAGGUGAGGCUGAAGCUCUCCGCCAAGCUGAAGAAGUGAAGAAGAGAAAAGGAUGAACUGAAAAACUGCUAUGAUGUCGUCGUGAGUCAGACAUGAAUCUGUAAAGGACUGAUGUUGUUCUCUGAGUUUUUAACGUUCAAGUUGUUUCUCUUAUUUAAGAUGCAAACAAAUGUGGAAACGGCAGAAUAAAAAACGUUUUGGAUGGGAGGGGGGGUCGCAAACAUGACACAAGGGGAUGUUGUGACACAGAUUUUGGCGGCGUGUUUACGGCUGAGUGGCUUUGGUGAGCUGAGAAAGGGCGGAUGUUUUAUCUGGGGCCCUCAGAGCCAACGUUAGAUUAACCGAAGCUGCUCAGACGUUCCUGAUGCCCUAUUCUCUCUUCCCCCCAUCCCCCCUCUCUCCGUCUACUCUUCUGGGUCUUACAGAGUCUAAUUCUGCCCCAGAGGGCUGUUAUUGUGUCCCUAAUGGAUGGCAGAGUGGAGCGCUAACUCAACAGUUUACUUUAACCAGGUCAUAUUCAUGUUAUUAAUGCUUUAAUAUUCAGUCAAUAAAAACAGAGAUGCUCGUUUUAGGGGGAACAUUCGUUAACUUUAUUUAACAUUUAGAAAAUCAUCUCAAUAAGAUGCCAUUCAGCAGCGUUUUGUUGUCCGCUGUCCUCUGGGUGGGGACGAGAAGGAGCGAAGGCCGGGGAACCCUUACCAUUACUAAAACUCAGUAAUGGUAACGGUUUGACGGCCAUGCUCAGCACCGGCGACUCUUGGGUCCGUUCUGAUGGCGCCGGAGGUGGAAUGAGACCCUGGAUAGUACAUCAUCUAUACUGUAGUGUCUCUUUAAAAAACUUACAGUAUAAGAUGAUAUCCUGUCCAGGGCACAAGACAAAAACGCAGAGACGAUGGCUCUUGGUGUGUUUUUUAUCUGAAAGAAAAUUAAAAAAAUAAAUAAAUAAAAUGUGAGAAACAUUUAAAAAGACUGGAUUUUGAGUUUUCUCACCUUUUCCAUAAAGCGUUGGACUUUCCUCAUCGUGUUGUGUUCUAGUAGCAUGUUGGUGCCACCUAACCGCUCUGCUGUUGGACUCUGACACUUAAAGGCCCUCCACUGCUCAUUAGCAUAUCGAGAUGACAUCACACUUUAGGUUUCCUCCUUAUCUGCACCUAGCCUUGUUGCUUCUGCUCAGAAAUGGUCCACACCCUUCCAACUCCCAGCUGAACGCCUCUUUUAAUGCCUUUUAUACAGAAAUGAAGCAUGUAUUUUAUUGAGUUUGUUAGUUUUGACCUUUCUGAUACAAAAACAGCCAAAGCAUUUGUCUCCUUCAGACUUUAAAUAAAUGUAACGUUCAGCAUCUCUUCA